AUGUCGCUAGAUUCUAUGAAAAAUUCGUUUAUAAGGUCAUCAGUUGAGCAAGCUUUAUUAUGUUUCAGUGAUUUCAAAGCUGUUUCUAUUUCUUUGCUACUUAUCUGGCGGUCUAGUUCAACAAAAAUAGGAUCUGUUGACUCUAAAUUCCUUUCGCAAAAAUUCUUUGCUUCAUCGCAAGUGCGUCCACCAACUGUUGCCUUUACGUGGCGUCACUGGGGAAAUUUUGAGGGACGAUACAAAUCCACUCCGGCUACAGGAGAAAUCAUAGAAAUGUUUGGAAACUGUGUUGCCAAGGUGAACGAACAACAGAAAAUACAGUCGGUUGAUGUAUACUUUGAUCCAAACAUCAUGAUGGCGGAACUUACUGGUGGUGCUACCAAGAGCACAGGUCCUUUCUCAAACUGUGCAUUAAUAUGA